AUGCUUGACAAUAACGAAAAUUCUUCAGCCCCAGACGAUCACUCAGUAGAAAGGAAGAUCGAAAUCGCUCGCCGUGUCCAACAGGACAGAGAACAGAUACAACAGGUUGCUGUUCAACCGACACCUUUAUCAAUCCAAGGAACGUGCUUUUGUGAUCCGUCGUCCACGAAUCUGCCAACCGUCUUGCGAGCUGGCGAAGGACCACUAAAAUACUGA